GCCCGCGGACCAGGCGGGGGCCGGCGUGGGGCGGAGCCAGUGCGUGCGGCGUGACGCCAUCCCGCUGCGACCGGCGCUCCGCGGGGCAGCUGGCUGCGGAGCUGUGGCGGAGGUGACCAAAGCCACAUAAUGUCCGUAGUCCGUUCAUCCGUCCAUGCCAAAUGGAUCGUGGGGAAGGUGAUUGGGACAAAAAUGCAAAAGACUGCUAAAGUGAGAGUAACCAGGCUUGUUCUGGAUCCAUAUUUAUUAAAGUAUUAUAAUAAGCGGAAAACCUACUUUGCCCAUGAUGCCCUUCAGCAGUGCACAGUCGGAGAUAUUGUGCUGCUCAGAGCUUUACCUGUUCCACGAACAAAGCAUGUGAAACAUGAACUAGCCGAGAUCGUUUUCAAAGUUGGAAAAGUCAUAGAUCCAGUGACAGGAAAGCCCUGUGCAGGAACUGCCUACCUGGAGAGUCCAUUGAGUUCAGAAGUCACGCAGCUAAGCAAAAACCUGGAAGAACUCAGUGUCUCUUCAGCACAGUGAAGGGGGUGUGGAAGAAGGAGCUAAAGGGAAAGACUGCCAUGUUUAUGUUAUGGAAAAACAGUGUUUUCUGUUUCAUCUCAAACUCGGUCUGUGGUGUUUAUGAAAUAGCUAAAAGCAAAUGAAGUAAAGGGCACAUUAUGGUUUUUCAUAGCGGUCUGUGGUCAUGUUUCACAUUGUCUGCUCCGUGAACAUACUUCACGUUUCACUAAGUGUGGCUGUCAGUCUGUUGCAUUUUGUAAGCUCACUGUUUUAGAAGGUUUUGUUUUUGUUUUUUGAGACAGGGUCUCGCUUUGUUACCUGGGCUGGAGUGCAGUGGUAUGAUCUUGGCUUACUGCAGCCUCACCUCCCUGGCUCCAACAUCUUUCCACCCCAGCCUUCUGCAUAGCUGGGAACAUAGGAGCGUGCCACUACACCUUGCUGAUUUUUUGUAAAUUUUUUAGACAGAGUCUCUGUGUGUUACCAAGGCUGGCCUUGAACUGGGAACAGUCUGCCCAUCUUGGCCUCCCACAGUGCUGGGAUUACAGGCCUGAGCCACUGUGCCCAGCCAGUUUUCUUUUUUGCAUUCAAAGGAAUCUUGAACUUAUCUUAGAGCCUUUAUUUUGAAGGAAUAAAGGCUUUUUUUUUUUUUUUUUGGAGACAGUUUCGCUCUUGUUGCCCGGGCUGGAGUGCAAUGGCAUGAUCUUGGCUCACCACAACCUCAGCCUCCACCUCCCGGGUUCAAAUGAUUCUCUUGCCUCAGGCUCCCGACUAGUUGGGAUUACAAUCACGCACUAACACGCCUGGCUGAUUUUGUAUUUUUAGUAGAGACGGGGUUUCACCAUGUUGGUCAGGCUGGUCUCAAACUCCUGACUUCAGGUGAUCCAUCCACCACAUCCUCCCAAAGUUCUGGGAUUACAGGCGUGAGCCACUGCGCCUGGCUGGAAGAAAGCCUUUUAAUACAAACAGAUAAGUCCACAUUAAGUGAAUAUUUUUGAUGCUAUAUAUGCAAAAUAAAUCUUUUUCUGAUUUCAUCAGUUCCAAAGGGAAAUAAUAUGCUUAUGGUCAGAAUUUUUUCGAUCAAGCUGUGUUAAUAAGAAUGUUGACGUGUGGAAAAUAAAAUUUUACAAUUCUGU